AUGGUGGUCAACCAACCGGGCGCGUCCUCGUCAUCGUCGUUGGCCUCGGCGACGGCGGCCUCGGGGACCGUCGGCGGGCCUUCCGGGCCGGCCUCGGGCUUCCGCGAGAGCCGCCAUGUCACCGUCCACGGUCUUCCAACCAACCUCUCCGAGGAGAAGAUCCACAACUUUUUUCAAACGUCAGUUUGUUAGAUUCUCUUUUGUACUUUCGUUCUAAGUUACUGCGCUCUAGGCUAACAGGCUUCAAAAGAAUACCAAAACAAUGGACUUUUAUCCUGGUUUAGAAUCUGUGCCCCAAAGUUGCCAUAGAAGUCUGUGUAAAAAGAUUCAGAACUUUUGAUUUGAAAAAAGCUCCAGGCGCGAUAAAUCUUGCAGAUUUUUAUCGGUAUUUUUUCAUUGAAGUUUUUUUUUGCGAGUGUGAACCUUUAAUCUCACCUUCUUCCUCUCUUUCAAUUUUCACUUAAGACCGUUUUGGCGAAAAAUUCCGUCAGAAUGAUGGAUUUUAACCUAUUCUUUGUCUUAUCAACUUAUCUAGGAAGCUUUUUUUUCUUGAAUCGAUUUUUGAACACUAUAUUAUCUUUAAAAUUAAAUUCGAAGUGAAAAUUUUAAAAUUUCUGUCCAUUUUUCUUGUGAGAAUUUCAAAAAAACAAACGAAUCAGACCGAUUUCUCAACCGCAUUUAUUUGGAGGCUUUUUUUCAAUUUUCUCACGAUCCGAUUGACGUGUGACUUUUCCAUUGGAAAAUGUUUAUAAUUGAUUUCAAAAUGCUUUUUUUGUCGAGAACCUAUCUUCACAGGGAAAAAAGCAAAAUCUCUCCCGUUCAAUCAUUUUUCUUCCCAAUUCUUUUUUUUUCUUCGAUCGGCCAACCUCUGGUGGUCGUUGAAAUGUCUGUAGGCGGCGAGUGGAACCCGAUUUUGUCCUCUCCACUUGUUUUUCUCGUUAAUAGGGGUGGAUAAUCGGGUAUGUGGCCAGAAGAAGCUACAGGACAAAAUUGGAUGGAAAAAUAGAAUCGUGGUUGAUUUUUUUUUUUCUGUGAAGAAAUUGUCCCAUUGAUUAGUUCACUGGGAGGUGUACAUCAUUAACGCAAUUUUUUUUCACUUUUUGAGCAUAGUUCAUAACGAUAAUUGAUUAUUCCGCAGCUCUAAGAGUUCAUUUUGAGACGAUUUUUCAAAAAAUAAAAAAUUCUCAAAUCUAUGAGCUUCAGCUUAUUUUGAUAAAUUUUCUCACUUCUGAGUUUGAAUAAUACACAAAAGUUAAUGCAAAUAAUUCAAUUUUACAACGGUGAGUUAGCUUGUAAAUUGCUAUAGACAGAUGUUUUCAAAAAUAAGAUUCUCCCAAAAUGCUCUUUUUGGUCUUUUUUUUAAGACGCAAAAGUCUUGCAAGUCGAAAAAACAACAGAAAACGGUCCCUCACCGCGAUACUCACAUGCAUUCAGUCAUUUUGAACACUCUGAGUAUUUAUCUUUCAACACAAUAUAUCAGCAAAAGUCUCUCCAACUUCACAAACCGAUAAAGCAAACUCUUACGUGGAGAAAAGAUCAUUCCGAGCUCUGUUCAGACGUUUUCUGAUGCUUAAUUGGUACAAAAAUUAUUUUUUCGAGACAUUGAUCGACAAACAACUUUUUUGCACUGAACAUUGAACACACUGGCGUGCGCGAUUUUGCAAUAGAUUAUCGAUUGGUAGCUCGACGGCCGGUCGCCUCACGACCUCCCCCCAUUCGCUCACCGGCCUCUUUAUCGACGCGAACGAAACGCGAUUUCUCUUCCCUAGCCUCAGUCGUCGGUUCGGAGGGAAACGAAAACUGAAACCCUGAAAACUGCGGGGGUUAAAACACAAAAAAAGAGUCAAAAUAAGAAAAGUUUGUGCUGUGGAAUUUUAGGUUAUUGGAUCUUUUGAAAGUUUUCAGUUUUAGAUUUGAUGUUCUAUAAGAGGAACUGGAUCUGAUUCUGGUCAGACUGUAUUGUUUUCUACCUAGAACUGAGCUCCAAAAGAUUUCUUGUUCUGUUACUAAUGGAAUAAAACCGUUUUUUUUUGGAGUUCAGGGCGUUUCACAAGUUUUAUAAGGCGUUCUAAAUCGGGUUGAAAGUGAAAAAUCAGGUAGAAAGUGAAACACUUUGUUUGAAACUUUAAAAUAGAUAUUUUCACUUCGAAAAACUUUUUUGAGCUUUUAAACUAAAAAUUAAACCGUUUACUUGAAGUUUGAUUCUUUUGAUUUCUCAUAAUUGGAUGUAGAGAAAGAAAAACGAUUUUUAUUGCCAUUAAAUGCACCUGGAACUUUCCAGCUGUAAUUUUCCGUUCCGGAAUUGAGCUUUUUUUUUCUAAUUCUUGGUGUACUAUUGCUCCAAAAAAAAAGCUAUUCUAUCAAGAAUGCUGAUCUUCAAUCUUCUUUGAAAAUAGCUCAAUAGUUUCAAUUUUUCUUGGUAGUUUUGGCGCCUAGAUAAAGCCCUCAUUAUUUAAAAAAAGGCUAUUUUUUUCAAAUUUUUCUUAGUUCAUUUUCAGAAUCAAAGAAAAGUCCCAAAUUGCUAACUCGAAAACAAAAAGGUAUAAACUUUUUGAGACUCACUUCACGUUUCGAACCCCCAGACAUAAAUCAUUGUUUUGAAAAGACUACGUUUCAUCGUUUCCAAUUUAUUGCUUUGCGGAGCUCGCCUCCGGUUGCUUCAUAGAUGAAAAAUUGUCAGUUGCUAUGCAACAAUGAAAAAUUUGAAUUGAAAUACGUUGCGGAGUGCUUUGAAACAUCAAAAAAGCCAUGUUCCAAGCUGGUUUUUAUGGGUUUUUUUUCGACGAAAAAUUUUGAGGGACAUAAAAGAAAUGUUCUUGGGGACAGAUUCAUGUUUAUGUUUUUUUUGCUGGAAAAUUUUAUUGGAAAACAUUUUUUCUCCGGAAAGUCCCAUUCUUAGAUGAUUACUAUGGUUACUGAAAAUGGUCAGAAAUAGGGGAAGAAAUGGAAAAAAAGAAGAAAAAAACGUUCCGAUAGACUUGUACUUCAGAUAUUCGAUUUUUCCGAACGUUGAUAAUAAUAAAUUAUUUUUCGAGAAUAUGAAAAAAAAUAUGAGUGGAAAAGAGAUAAAGAAUUUGAAUAUCUGCCCUCGAUGCCCAAUUUUUCUGUAGCAGGCUCGAUAAUGAAGAUGAAAAUUGAACCUUGCAUCCCAUUUUAUUGAAGUCCUUAAUUUUUUGUUUCAGGCUCAUCGAUAGAGCAAAGUAUGUUAGUUUUUGAGCUUUUUUUCUAAGCUAAUUUGUGUCUUUCAACAUUUUCCCCAAACUCAGAACUUUGGUUGUGUUUUAAAAAUAACUAUUAAUUAUCAAGGAAGCGCAAUUUUCACGGACUUUUCAACUGUUCGUCAAACGAAUUUUGUAGCCUUUCGGUUUCAGAUACGGUCGUGUGCAGAGAGUAGAGCCGCGGAAGGCCGACGGGAGCGUCGUGGUCAGCUUCAUGGAAGUGAGGUCGGCCCUGAAGGCUCACGCCGGCGAGCACCGCAUCGACACCCUGCCUUUCCGCAUCACCUUCCAAGAACCCGACGCGAACAGGUACCUUUUCUUGUCCUUCACCAUGAUAUACGAAAUGCCGUGGUCGCACUUGGAAUGGCUUGGCUGCAAAAUUGUUUGUCUCAAGGCGCGUCAUACCAGGAAAAAAAACUUGACACGGUGGCAUUGGUCACCAUGAAAAAAGGUUCUAAAAAUGCAACACUCUGAGCCAUUCCAAGUGUGACCGAAUCGUUUCAAACUACCUAUCUUUCUAGUAUACUGACGGACACGAUUUAUUGCCUUUCUUCGACAAUUCUUCUUUUUUUUUCUUUUUACCCGUUCUACCUUCUUGUUAUUUUCUGAUUGUUCUGCGAACUUGGAUACGACUCGAUUGCAAGUUCUUUUUUUUUUCUUUGGUUUUCCCCAUUAUUCUGGUUCUUUCCAGUUUUUCGAGUUUCUCUGUUAUAAGUUUAUUGGGGUCUAGGUUACACGAGAGAAAAAGAGUUGAUACCAUUUUCCGACGGUUAGUAGUGAAUUGAAAAUUUGAAGAGCUUGAUGGAAUCGAAGAAAAAGACGUAAAUCACGUUUUUUUUUCUUUUUGGACAGCUUUUAAGAUAUUAUUGAGAGGCGCUUAUGAAAGGUUGGAAUCAUGAAACGUGAGGUCAAAAAUCGGAAAUUAUCGUACUUAUGAAAGCUUUCUAAUCCUUUAUUAAGGUUCCGACAAAUUCAAAAAAAUUUUUUUCCAAGGAAAGCUCAAAUUAAUUUUCUUGAAAAUUUCAAUUCAUGCUUUGAAGUCACAUUGUUUGUAUUUCACAGAAAUUUGAACAAACUCGAAAAUUUUGUAAGGUGAUCAGGUUUGCUUAUCAUCUCAAAACGGCCGUCUGUUUGUACAGCCACAAAUUUGGCCCCCUUCGUCGUUACGUUCAGUUUUGCCGCGUCCAUCGCUCGGCACGAUGCCAACGAUUACACGUCAUCAAAACGAGGGGGCGAGAGACGGCAGACGGACAACGAAAAGCUGACUCUCAAUGCCUAACUCUCUCCCUCUGUCCCUCUCUUUCUCUGUCUCUCUAUCCUGUCGUUUGUUCUGUGAUAACGGAAGGAGAGGUUUAAUGACAGCUCAAUGAGAUUUUGGCGCGCAAAUUGCGCAAACUUUGGGAUUUUAAAGAGAUAUUGGGAACUGAUCUGAGGAAAUCACCAUGAAUAUCAAAUUCUGAGUCAUAUAAUUUUUUUUUUUGGACAAAUUGUCUUCCCGUUGAAAAGAGUAGCAGAUGCUUCGAAAUUGAAUUUGAACGUGAUAAAUGGAAGGUUUACGAGCGAUAUUGGGAAAAAAAUACUGUAACUGAACCAUAAAAAAUUUCAUUUCUGAAAAAUUGAAUGAAAUUUGGAAGACAAAUCGCUUUCAAUUGAGCGAAAUCGACUUCCGAAAUUUCGAACAAUUGAUGAUUGGGAAGAAUAUUAACUAAUGUGUCCUCAACUCUUAACACAACAGCUUAUUAUAACAAUUUCUAACCCGCUUACUUAUUUUAUGCAUAAAAUUUUCCCGGGAGCGCAUAAGAUUCGACUCAAUAGCCUAAUUUCGACCUAUCUACUUUUCAUAUUUCAGCUUACUCCAGUACGCCUUGUUAUCUUUUGAUUUUGAAAUGGAUGAGGAUGGUGUUUUAAAAAAGCAACCACUGAAAAGAAGUAAGCCUCUAGAUUUAUCCAUGGAGCGCAAAUUUUUCGACCAAACAGCCUAGUUUCCGAAUUUUAUACUUCCUACCUAUCUUACGGUUUAUUUCAAUGGAACGGGUGCCGGUGAUGGUAUGAAAAUCGCCUUUCAAAAAUAGACCUAUCCUAUCUAAUUUAUCAUUGGAGCUCAAAUAACCCAAAACUGACUUUUCGCCCCUGCUGGUUCGUUUCUUAUCUGUAAACGAUAAAUAUCUUUCUCAGCUCUUCUUGACUGUUCACUGUGCAACCAAAACAACCGCUUCUACUCGAUGACACCUAACCAUUUUCAGGCAAACGAUAAAGCGGCCCACGUCUUCUUCUUCGACGUCGACCUCUUCACAUCUGCACCGUCCGAGAGAUCAUGGGUCCGUUUCUAAAUUUUUUUCUUCUAAUAUAAACUUACCUGCAUUAACGCUGCUUCUCCACUCACAAAAUCUUUCAAGAACUUCUAUUUUUUUAAACUUGACUGAAAAACUUAUCAUGUGAAAAAAAAGUCUUUCAAAGUUUGAUUUUGCUCGCUUUCAAAAGCGUCUUCGAAAAGCUUUUAGCGGAUUAACUUUACACUGACAAUCUCGGCUCAAAUCCUUCUGCUUUUGAAGACCCUACUUUCUAUAUGUCCCAUGCAGUUUGUCAAUCUUUUUCCCCAUAUUCAGUCUUCGACAACUGAGAACUCUUAAAUAAUACCUUCUCUUGUCUAAAACUUAAUUUAUUUGAGAACUUAUGGGAGUGCACAGUAAAUAGGAAAGAAGAGAAAAGAGAAAAAAAAAGGUGGACAGGUCGCCGACUUUUUUUUUCGACUUUUUGCCUCCCCUCACCCGCUGAGGCUAUAUGGCUCUUUGUCGAUUUUGUUCGUAAAAAAAAAAACCUUUUUCGCGCCUUUUUGCUGCUGUUUUUUUACUAAAUGAAAGUCGAUUAUAUAUUUGACUGAUGUCUUUUUGAAUAUGUCUUGAAGUUGUCCCGAACUUUCGAUCGGCUGGUCUGAAAAAGAUCAGCUGAGAAAAAAAAUCGCCUUCUCUUCAGACUCAUCACGAAGCGCAAACUUCGCUCUGUUGCGAUUUUUUUGCGUUCUUUUUUCUUGUUCCUUGAUUUUUAAUAUUAGAUUCAUGCAAUCUUGUCUCUAAUUAAGUUUUUUUGUUGCGUACCGAAUUUAGCUUUUUCUUUUUCAAAAGUGCCAAAUUUCGUGCUAAAAAAAUAUUUUAAUAAAAAAACUCUGUUUCAUGUUUUUUUCAAACCGAUCACGCUUUUUUUGUAAGAUUAUUUGUUUUUCCUUGGUAAAAUCCGUUUCAAAAAUUUGAAUGCGAUCCUCAUUUUUAUGGUAUAAUAUUUUUUUAUUGGAGUAGAGUAUAUUAUUAUUAUUUUUUUGAAUGAACUGGAAAGAAAGGAAAGUGGUCUUCAUACGAGACUAUUUGGGUUAGUGAUAGAUUAGCACUGCGGGUUUGAGCUAAAGUUGUCGACGGAAGAGCGUAUAUUUAUUUUUGGCCGAGAGGCUCGCCAAUUGACCUCCCAUUUCUACCUUUUCCUCCACGUUCUCAUGCUUAUAUUCUUUUUCAGUCGACUCAAAAUUAAUUGAUUAUUAUCAAGUGCUUCAAUUUCGAUUAUUCGGUGGUUAAUCCCUCCUUCCCUUUUCCGAGAAAAAUAUACUGGAAUUCAAGCCUUUUCUCUUAGUUGAAACAUUCUGGUCGCAUUAAGAACGGUUCAACGCGAAGAGGUCGAAUUGAAAAAAAAUGCUAAAAUUUUUGCGAUGGAUUGACUCCACAGUUCUCACGUUUCCUAUUUUUUUUCCAAAGGUGUACCUUUUUCUUAUUUUAUUUAUUUAGCCCUUGUCUCUCCUAAUAUGCAAAUUCACUAGCUGAUACCUUGAGAACGUUUUUGUUUGCAUUUCUCACGGGGAGGUUGUUUUACUGACGACUGUUCUCCCAUGAUGCGAUUUUUUUUUUCUUUCAAGUGCUCGAAAACUUUUUGAGUUAAGAAUUGGGCUAUUGGUCAGCUAGAACGGCGCUUUUAAAAGCUGGAAGAUUUUGAAAAAAUUGUUUGUAGAAUUUUUCAAACUUUGUAAUGGUCCGAAUAGGAGAUUUCAUGUUUCUUUUUCAAACUGAAAAAAGAGAUAAACUUCUAGUUUCAUCUUUGGGGCUAAAGAUUUUUUCAAGCAUUUUCGCUGUUUUUUGCUUGAGGUUUAUGUUUAUAUGCCUUUGUUAAUUCUACUAUUCUCGCCUCAUCUCCCGGAAACGCAAUUCUUUCCAUGGACUAUCCAAUCUUAUACUUUUCAGGCCCAGCAGCUCAAACCACGAGUCGAUCGCCGGUGUCAGUUCUGCGAACGCAGCACUCACCGCCGUCAGCUCGACUGCUGCGUCGACGUCAAACGCCGCGACGGCCGGCGUCCCUGCGACUCACACCGUCGUCAUCGAUCGGCUGCCCAAUCGAAGUGAUAUCACGAUUAAGGUUCAACUUUCCUCUCAAUACUUUGAAGUUCUAAAAAAUCUACAGGAACAACUACGCGAACCACUGAGACGGUUUGGCCGUGUCGUCGAGAUCAACAUCGAAACCGACGGCAACGAAACCAAGCGGGCGACUGUCUUGUUUCGGAGGUGAGGCAGUCUUCUGUUUGAGAUUUAUGUUUUAAUUGAGAUCAACUUUCCCCUCCUGAUUCCCUACCGAAGUUUGUCAUCCUCCGUUAUUGUUUCUUUUUCAGCCUCGACGUCGAGAAAGUCCGCGGCGAACCGUUCUUGCCUAUCCUUGGAAGCCGUGCUCGUCUGCGACUGUGCAGUUCGAAUACGACAAACGCAACGACAUCUUCGGCUGCAACGCCGUCGACCAGCGGCGCUGCUCCGGCUGAGGGAACGUCGUCAAGUCGGCUGUCAUCUGCCGCGACGACGCCUUCCACCUCUUCGGGAGUUCGAGCUGCAGCUGAUGCAGUGGCUGAUGAACUGCCGGUGGAUGGCUUCCAUCCGAAGUCUUCGCGAACAAUGUACGCAAACGGGUUGGAGACGCGAAUCUCGGAGAGUACACUACGGCAAAGAUUCGGCAAGUUCGGCGACAUCCUGGACGUCGAGGUGAAGAACAGCGAGUCACCGUCGCCGUACGCCUUCAUCCAGUUCGUCAAUAUCGACUCUGCGGUCAACGCCAUCAACGCCAAUACUCCUAUUGCCAGCACGAGCGCCACCGCCAGCAAGCGCAAGGAGAAGGUAUUGAAAGUUGGGUUACAUAGGAAAGGCUUAAAGGUAGUUUGGUUUACUAGUUGAGCUCAUGAUCUACUAGCCACUUUUCACAAAAAAAGGGAAGAACCAUAGUUACGAAAUUAAGAAUACUCUGUAAAACGUGGAAUAACACUUCAUUUUACAGAGCAAGACGUUUUUUGGUCGAUCUAUGGUCUCGGACAAACUCUGGCUUGGCCAUAUUCCUGACUGGGUGUCCGAAGAUCAAGCUGAACACAAGAUCAAGUCCCUGAGCGCGGCUAUUACUGAUAUUACUGUCGAUUCUCGGCUCCAUGAGGCUAUCGUUAUUUUCGCGACGCAAGAGGCGGCGACCCAAUGUCUGAACCGGCUGAAGUCGGGUACUCCAAAAUUGUGAGUUUCUUUUUGGAAUAUUUUUUGUGUUUUUUUCGAAUAUUAUUCUUCAUUGAUGUUAUUUUUUGUUCUUAUUUCUCCUGUUUGAUCUUUUGGCAAAUUUUUUUCUCGUUGUACCGAGAACUUUUGGCUUGGAAAAAAUUUUUAUUCUAUAUUUUUCUCUUUCUUUCAUAAACUGCCUUUGAUAUCCGCUAUGAACUACUUUGAUCUGUUCAAAAAAAAUUUUCUUUCUACUUUGGAUCCAAAAAGUGCUCAUUUUCAACUUUGAAUAUGAUCAAGCGUGAUUUCAAACUGGACCUAUAAUGUAUACGAAAAUUACGAUUUUUUGUUUUGGAUAUAAAAAAACAUUAAGUCUAGUUUGUCAUUCACUUAACAAUGCUUUUGUACGACUUUUUUUUAAAUUCGGUGACAAUUAGUUAAAGUUAAAAAUAGGCGAAUCGUAUGGAUGUAUAAUGAUAAUGUAAUAGUGAUAAUGGAUGGAGGAAUAAUUCUAUUUUAAAACGUUUUGACCCAUUCUAAAUGCGAAUUCAAGCUUUUUUAACACAGUAUUGAAUCCAAUCCCUGAUUCAAAACCAUCCAAAUUAUCCUAUAUGUUUACAUGACGAUUUACGAGCAAGCGUUACUGAUCUUCUGCCGAGAAUUUUGACAAACGACGGAAAUUAUUCCGAAUUCUCAUCUAAAAUCCCCUUUACUUUCUCAAAAAAAAAUUUUUGAGCAUAAUAUCAAACAAAAAAGAGGAAAGAUGAGGCAGAAAAGUCUAGAAAAGCGGAGUGAAAGGCGAGGGGAACGGCUCGCUUGUCGGUUUCGAGCCUCGGCCGGUGGGAGUCCACCUCCUCCCUACUUGCACAACUCGCCGGCCAACCGCCUCGGGUCGAUAUUCAUGAGAAGACGUCGUCUUUCUCACUGUGUCUCGACCCUCCGGCUCUUUCUAUCUCUCAUCCGGCUGCCCAGUCCUCGUCGUCGUCGUCGACGUCGUCGGCUCCAUGUCGAUUGAUAUUUAUACUCGAAGACGUCGGGGUGAAUUAAGCCGACAACAGCUUUUCUUUUCAAAUUUUUUUUUUCGAGUCUCUCACAUUCAACUACUACUUUGUUAAUCCCUGACACUAUCCUUUCCAUCUUUUGCUGGCCAUUUGAUGAUUAAUUUUGAAGAUUUUUCACAACUUCUAACUCUUUUUUAGCUCUUCAAAUGGUUUCACAGUAGCUUACAUUUACGGUUAACGAAUUAGGGUAACCGUAUUACUUGAGAAUACCAUUUGAAACCGUAUUAUCAGCUUCCAAGCUUUUUUCGCUCAUUUUUAAACACGUGAAGUUUUACAAAAAUGCCUUUGAUGACAAUGGUUCAAAAAUACAUGAUGGUUUAAUAAGCUUUAUCGUGAUUUUUUUGGGACGCUUUCCCGGAAAACGUGCUCCUGAGAUAUUGUCAUACGAUUAAGCAUGUUGUCUUCUGUGUUUCGAAACUUUCCGAUUCACAUUUUUAGUUUGGAACCCAGCGUUGUACUGAAAGCUCUUUGAUAAAAAAUAUUGAUUAAAAGUUGAGUAUAAAAGUUUGAGGGUCCUUAAUUUUAACUUUCUGUCUUUGAAACGUCCACAUUUUUCAUUGAUAACGCUAGAAUUUGUUUUGAAGUAAUUUCAAUACUCUAUUCUCUGUGUCUGUCUUCUGUUUUCUACAUCGAUAAUUUUUUUUGAAGCGUUUCUGGUAGUUUUUUAAAGCUCUCCGGUAUGCAAUGUUUUUUUCGCAUCGCAAGUUCCAAGACUGAAUUUUUAAAAGUUUCAUGUUUCCUAAGGACUUUGAAUUUUUUUGAGAUCUUUUUUUGAAGCUCCUAUGAUUUUUUUAAAUGAUUCUUUCAAAAAUUUUUUUAGUUUUUGAAAAAAAUUUUUUUUCUGGGAUAGUAUUAUCUAGGCCUACUUUUUCCAAACAAACAACCUUUUCCUACCUAACUUAUCAAAUAUUAAAACUUUUCGAUAUCUGCAAGCUCCUUUCACAGUUUAAAAAGAUAGAGUACUACAGAAUGUAUCCGAUGAGAAUAUUGAUUCGAAAUCAAAUUUUCCCAUGGCUUCCAGACGCUAUUUACUGUAAUUGUUUGAAUGGAUUUGCUGGAUUUAGCUUUUCAACGUGAAGGAUCUGCGUAGACAUAAUCUUAUUGUUUUUUUUUCGGAUCGUUUUUGUGAGGUUUCUGUCUUGAAAAAGCUAUUCUUCAAUUCAUCAUUUUUACUUUCUUGUUUCUUACAUAAUUUAGAGAUCCUAAAGGGAAAAUUUGUAAUCUCUCAAUCAAGAGUCACCGCCUUAUAAUCUGCCUUUUGAGAAAUUAUAUCACGCCUUGAAUUUUUUCUGACGUUUCGUAGUUUUGAUCCUUCUGAAAAUCUCCAAAACCUUUUUUAUCCGUUCCAUGAUCGUCCACGCUUUUUUUUUCCUGUACUUUACAUUGGUUCUGUCGUCAAAAGUAGCUGGAUUCGCUAUGAAAAUUAAUUUUGGUCAGAAAUUUGUAGGUAAUGGACAGUUCCACAAUAAUUUCUUGACGUUUCUCUGAACAUCUCAGAUAUUUUUUUUCUAGCAAAACUGAUAUUUCCCCGAAAAAAAGCCAAAACUGGACAUGUUUUGCUUUUACAUCACAGCUUUGAAUAGCCUCUCAUAAGAAGAUUUUUUCAGAUUCAAAUAAUAAUCUUUCUUGAAAUUUGCCUCUUUUAGCAAGACUUUUUGAAAAAUUGACUUCUCAUAGAAGCUUGUUAAACGUCUUUAAAAACAAAUUCGAAAACUUGGACACUAUGAAACGUAGUUCAAUUAUUUUUUUUCCGAAAAGUCUUUUUUUUUCAUUGAGCGUCUGUGCAGGCGUAUUUUUCUCUCAGUUUCAGAUUAUUAUUAUUUUUCAAUCUUUUGUAUCUUUCUUGUAUUGAUGAAAGUUGCUGAACAAAACAAAAGAUUGAAAUGAAAUAAGUUUAAAAUAAAAAUUGAGGCUUUUCUCGGUGGAGCGCACUUUUUUGACCUUUUCCGGUUCAUUUUGGUUAGCCAGUUUUUCUUUACGUGCUCUAAUAUUCACUCUUCCAAGAAUCUCCUAAAUUGGCGUUUCCGCCUGCAUAAUCCGUAGAAAAAGAAGAAGGAGGAAAAGAAGCCCUUUUUGCGUGGAAGGCUCAAGGCAAUCCAAACGACGAAAAGAGUUGAAAAACGGGCAACCUACCGCCGCCGCCGAAUUCGUCCAUCCUGGAAGGGCUAUCGAAAAAGCCACGCGCAGAGGAAAAGCCGCGAGGAAAUUAGCCAAAUUUGCUUAUUCGCGAGCCUGCACACGACACCCCGCUGAACGUUGCCGCGACGGCGAUUGCUCCAAUUACUCCCUGAGUCCUAAUUUGUUCCUUUUUGUGUGUUCUGGGACUUCAUCUACUGAUUCUCAGAAGUACAUCCCUUCCGCUUUGAUAGGGAAAAUGUCGAUUAUUUUUAGCUUUUUUUUUGUGACCAUAAAGAGACCAUCUUCAAGGACGUUCUCCUGAGUAUUUCCGAAUGGAAGCCAGUACUGCCUUCAGAGAAGAUUGAAACUCAUUUUGCUACAUUAUUUUUUUCAAAAUUUUUGUAAGCCAAACCUUCCUCCUGAAAUAAUUCAGAUUUUUUUAUUUUUAUCACGUAUGUUUGUAAAAAAUUUCUUUUUUUAAAGCUGGAGGUUUUCUUUCAAGUUUUUAGCAAAUUGAUUUUUCACAAAACUUGGAACUUUUAACUUUUUCAUUACCUUGUUCGUUCUACUCACUUACCGUUUUUUUAAGCAAAUUUGAUAAGUGAUCUUUUUUCCUAAUUAUUUCGCACUUUAAAACUUUUCAUCACUUUUUUAGCUCCUUCAAAUCGUUUCUUUUUGUGAUAAAUCUUGAGUUCAAUACAAAAAAAUUUCUGAUUUUCGAGCUUUUUCUCUCAUCGCUACCUACACUGGUCAUUAGGCGGAAGCUGAUCGGUGGCUAAUGAUCAAUUACCUGAUAGCUAAUGAGCCGAAAGAUAACGACCACAGAUUACCUUCCGCCGACCGGAUUUGUAGCAACCACUUGUAUUAUCUCCCCGAUUGACCUUUGUGUGAGGUAUUCUGGAAGUCGUCCAGUACAGUUUCCUGAUAUCUUUCCGAUAAUUGUUUUCCUUAUUGAACAAAAUUUAAUUUCGAAGCGAAAAAUUAUAUUUGGCACGCCCACAGAGUUUAUUCCAUUUAAUUUUUUUGCUCAUUCUAUUGGACUAAUGCUUUUUUUUAUGCGAUAGAAGUUUUUUGACCAAAACGAUUUUUCUUCGUGGUCGAAAAAAUUCUCGACGUCCUGCUUUCCAACGUUUUUGCUACCUAUUUCAUAAAGUUAUACUGUGAAAAAGCUUUCUACUUAAUUUUUCGCGAACAUAUUCGAACUUUUGCCUCUAUUCUAAAUUAUCGAGAAUUUUCUGUCUAGACAAUUUCCUUUCAACGGAAUUAAAUCUUUUCAGUUUGUUUCGAAUCACAGUUUUCGAAAAUUUUAUCCCCAAUUAUGAAGUUUUGAAACGCUCAUUCAUUUUUUUUUUACAAAUUUUGUUUCGAUCUAUGAGUUUUUGAUUUAAACGCCUAUCAGAGAAAAAUCACGAUUUUUGUAUAUUUUCGUUCAUAACGUCAAAUUUUCCAGAUUCUUUAUUUUUUUUUUUGCUUAUAAUAAUUGUUGAUUUCGUGUUAUACGGAGCUGAGAAAAAAUAAAUGUGAGCUUAAGCUCUAGUUUUCAGUCAAUGACCUCAUUUAGAGAAUACUAAAGUGAUAUAUUUUUAGAACAAAAUAAAGUUUCUCCGGUAUUAUUAACCGUAACUCGUUGUUUCAUACACCUCCGCAGACUUGAUUAACUUUAUUACGAUUUUCAAUCUGCUCUCGGCUAAAUUAAUUGUUUUAAUGCGUCCCCCUCGUGAUAUCUCUCAUAAAUUAGAAAACGACUCACCUUUUUUGUCCUUUACACCGUCGUUUGGCCGCUACAAUAUCCCUCAGACUUUUUUUCUUUCAAUUAUUCGUAUCGCCGGGUGUUAUUGUUCCGCUCGAGGUUUCUGCUCAGCUCCUCAUAAUCUGAAAACUUUCCAACUAAUUGGCCGUAGCUGUACGAUUAAUCACAAUAACAAUUACUUGUUGUUGCACUUUCUCAGUUAAGUGACUAGGUAAUUGGAAAACAUCAGUCUUUUUUUGCACUUUUAAAUGUGUGUUUUGCUUCGUAAUAUUAUUAGUUUCAUGAUAAAAUGGAAACUUUAUAACUCCUGUCCAAAGUUUUUUUCGAAAAAAACCCUCCUUAAAUUAUCGAAAAAAAGCUUAAUCCAAAAAUAAUAUGAAAAUCUUCUACUUGAGUAAAACAUUUAUUACAUGUAGUUAUGAAUAUUAAAAACUUUUUUUCUUUACCAACUCCCUCAUUAGUCUCAGAGAAAUUUAAAUUUUUCUUAAAAAAAUUGCGAUUUGUGAAACGCUAUUAAAGUAACAUUUUGCACCUAAUUACACUUUUUAACAACCACUUCAUAUUGGAAAGGUGGACGAAAAGCUUUUAUUUCAAACUUUAACCCGUCAUUAUGAAACUAUGAUAAGCUCACGAAAAAAAGAACAGAGAAAGUGAGUAGGAAGAAUAAAAAACAACAUUUUUUCAAACUGCUUUUGCGCGUAACAAUUUGUUUUUGUGCAAACAGUUCCGCGGACAAAACACCUUACUUUCCGCCGGAUCUUCUUUUUUUGAUUCAAACUUUUUCAUUUCACGAUUUUUUUUUUAAUUUUAGUUUCUCUAUCUUUUGAUAAUUUUAGAAACAUUUGAACUAAGAACACACAUGUGUACUAUAUGACUGUGAAUGUCUAUCGAGCUUCUCUCACUUUUCAUAAAAUUGCAUCUCUUUUCCAAGACUAGCUCAGUUUACUUUUCAAAACCUCAGAUUUUCGUGUUUUUUUCAGACAUUGGAAUUGGUUGCUAGGCUCUCCGAAGUCAGAUCCUGUCUUUUCCUCUUUUGUCCCUCUCAUUCCUGCCGUUCGUGUUGAAAUUAUCCCAGUUGCACCAGGUGUCGAGUAUCAUAUUAGGCGUGGGGCGGCAGGUGUCUACGAGCACAUCUUUGCCGCCGAGCAAUUAUUUCUUAUCCGUUUCGUGCUCCCUUUUUGUAGAAAACGGGCAAAAGCCGUAGUCGUUAGAAAGUUUAUGAGGUUUUCGUGCGUGUAUACAGUAGAAAACGCGAUGGUUUCCAUUAUUAUUCAUAGUUUCUGAGAAAAUCGUUAGUUUGGAGUGAUAUUUUUCGUGUUGGAGAAAGCUAUUGAAAAUUCACUUUCAGUUUUCCAUAAAUUUCUGGUGCUUGAAACCGAAUCGAAAAAAAAUACGUUGGAUAAUUUUUCUUUUCUAGAGGUAUAAUCAAAAGCGUUCCUAUUAAUUUUUGAAAUGAAUAAUUGCCAUGUGUCUUCUGUUUUGUACUCUACACUUAUAACAUAAAUUUACGUUUUAUUCAUCCAACCUAUCAUCACAAUAUUUCAGUGCCUUUAAAUUGGGAGACGUGGAGCAGCGUCUGCACGUCGACUACUGCAGCGAUCGGCUCCUGGAGACGUUCCUCGCGCGGAAGGCACGCUGUCCGACCGCCGCAUCGACCUCGUCGCCAGCCGCCACCCCCGGCACUUCCUCCGCGCCUGAGAAGUCGGACCUCGUCCUCCAGCCGCCGCCCGACCCUCCAGUUGACAUGACAAAGUCAGUAUCAAAGUCCGAUUUUUAUAGUUCGGGACAUCUCACCUAUUUUUUUAAUAAAGAAAGAUUUUUUUGUUUAGAAAAAAAUUUUUUUCAGUAGAAUAGUUAAAUUAAAGUUGGAGUACAACUUUAUUAAAAUUCCGUUUUUAACCUGAAUGUUUUAGUUACCGACAUGGCUACCGUCGAAGGUCAAGAUCGCCCCGUCGAAGGGAAAAAUCUUCAUCCUCACACGAUCGGAACCGAUCCCGCUCCUACGACAGAAACCGUUCGAGGUCCUAUGAACGGAAUCGCUCCAGGUCCCGAGAUCGGCCGAGGUCCUACGCCAACCAAAAUAGAUCUUACUACUCGGAAAGGUCCUCUGGAAGGAAAGGAGACAGGAAGCGAAGGUAUUUCGAUUUUGUACUGACUACUGUAGGUGUGAGAAAGACGCCGUUUGUAGCGCGUGAAGCGAAUUUGUAGCGACUCGUAACGUUGCAAGGCUCGAAAUAGCCAUUUCACAAAGCCUCUGCAAGUUUUCUUAGAAUGCGUUUGAGAGAAAAAAGUAACUUUGAUUACAAAAAGGGAUAUAUGAGGCUGUUGAUAACGAUUUUUUGUAUGUAUUCUACUUAAUCGUGGAAUCGAACAAAGUAACAAGUUUUCGGCAAUGUCCGGGCGCACUCAAAUUUCUGAACUUUAUUUUUUUUUUUCAGUUCUCAAGAACUUUUUUUUAAAAGCUUUUCGUAUAAGAUAAAUGGUACGUAGUAGAGAAAGCACGAAUCGAAUUGAAGAAAUUUUUUCAAAAAGUAUCACGCAGUUCGUUUGGAAGAUUCUGAAAGUCGCGAUAAAAUAUAGAAAGAGUAAUCAUUUUACGCAAAACUAGGCGUUUUGUUUCCAGCUGCACAAAAAAAUAGAGCAAUAUCCUUGUUCUGCAGAUCUCCAAGCCCAUCGAGCGACAGUUCUUCGUCUUCCUCGUCGUCGUCCUCAUCUUCGUCGGCGUCUUCGCGGAGCUCGCAUGGUUCCUAUCAUUCGCGAUCCAACUCGAGGAACGCCUCUCCAAGAGGAAGGACGCGAUCUGUUUCGCGCCUCCGUUCCCCCAAGCGAAACGCCUUCGCGACUGUUCGCAACCGAAGUAGAUCCAGAACGCCGUCGGUGUCGCCGAAGCGAGAAGAACGUCGCCGACGCGACACCAACGAAAGUCGUCAGCGACGCGAGCGCGACAACCGACCCAGCGGUCAAUCUCGCGACACGCCUUUCAGCUCUAGAAUUAACGGCACGUUUUGGUCGUUUCAAGUAAAAAUCUUCGUUUCUAAAGAAGAUUGAGAAUAUACGUGCGCAUGAAAAAAAAAACUCAAUUAGUCAUGGAGAUGGGUUGACUCACAGAACAUUUGUAAAAAACAAAAAGAAUGGAUGAUGUGUUUUAUAAGAAAAUCUCAAAAAAAAAGUACAAAAAAGACAUAAAUUAAUAAAAAAUAUUCAAUAAGUCCUUUUACAGGUAAACCAACCGACAUAUCAAGCACAUCAAAUCGGAAUUCAAACACGGGUGAAAACCGAAUACAGGUCCAAACGACGGCUGCACGUCGUCCACAACAGGCUGGUAGCAGCGGCCUUCUCAAAGCAUCAAGUUCAACACCGGAGCAACCCUCAGCGCUUUCAAAAAGCAACUCAUCAUCAUCGACUAUCGAGCACAGCCACGAGCCUUCGACAUCGUUCCAAGCGGCGCCCCCGCGAGUUCCUCAGAACAACGUCGGCCAGGGCGAGCGACCCAGGGAAGCCGUCCCAAGGACGCCUCCACCUGCAGACCCACCGGCAGUACCUCCGCCUCCGCCACCGCCGCCGCCGACCUCACUUCCAACCCCGCCGCCCGUUCCUCCCGUCGACAGACCCGUGACUCCUCCUCCUCUAGCACCGCCACCGCCUCCGCCGGCCGUUCACGGAGUCGCGUCCACGUCUUCUGCGCAUCAGAACUUGGAGCGGAGAGAGCAACCGCUGCCCAGGUAUCAGACGCAGCCGAGCACGUCUUCUGCCCACGUUUCCUCGUCCUCACGCUAUCCACCGACGACGCCACAGAAGAUCUCGCUUGGAAACUUACCGAGGCACACAAUCGACCAUGACCCGAGGCCUCAGCAGGUUCGAAAGUAGUUACAGAGGCGAAGAAAGGAUGGAUUUUUUUUAUUAGAUUUCUAAAAGUUUUUAUGUAAAAAAAAAGAUAAUUUUUUUUCCGAACAAUAUUACUUUCAGAAUUUUUAUAGAACCUAAAAAAUGCAAAUUUUUCUUGAAAAAAAGCUUGAACGAAACUCUUUGAACGAUCCGUCCGACUAUGUACGGUUUUCCAUUCGAAAAAGUGUUUGGAUCCUACUUUUCUCAUUCAGGCGCCUGCACAAGUGGCACGGCAGCAGAGUUUGGCAACACCGACGCAAAAAAAUCCGCAACCACAACCGCAAUCGCAGUCGCAAAAUCGUUCUUCUUCUUCGCAGCAGGGGAAGGAAAUCCCGCUCAAUUGGAUGGGAGAUACUGAAGUGAUUAAUUUUUGAGAAAAAGGGAAAAAAAACCCUGUCACUAUUUUUGACAUGAAUUUUUAUGAUGGCUCUUUCAAAUCUUGAAAUGAUGUCAUAAUAAAUGUUUCGAAACGCAACAAAACUGGUUCAAAAAGGAAAAUAUGUUGCCUUUUUUCAAUAAUCACAAAAGGAGUUUACAAAAAAGUUAAAUUGAACCAUUCGGAACUCCUUUUGCUCUCCAGAUUUUAAUAUUUAUCCUACUUCUCUGAUAAAAUUCCGUUUGAAGCCCUCUUCGCACGAUCCGCGUGUCCAAGAUGGUGUCCCUCGCGAAGAUUAUUGCCCGGCUAGAAGUAUUUCACUGCCGAUUUUCUACAUGGAAGUGAGUUUCUAUUUUUCUCCUCUCGCCAAUCAAAAACUAUUUUGCAGAUGCGAAAGAAUUCGAAAUCAGCGGAUAGGCAUUACCGAGGUAGAUACUUAAAAAAUUCCAACUACUGUGGUUUUAAUAUUAGUUAGUACCCUGCUAGUAGAUUCGAUCAACCUUUUUUUCUAAGAAAAUGAUCACUUUUUUUUGGAAAUCACAGAGUUUAUCAUGAAGAUUAAAUUGACCUUUGCUUUUUUGAAGAUCGCGAAGGUUCGCAUGCGUCUUCCUCACGAAGUAGUCAGCAAAGGCUUUCGGGCUCAUCGUCAAGACCUGAAGAAUACCGGAAAAGGUCCGGCGAAGGCGUUUACGACAGCCAUAAUGCCCCGCAGAGAAUUCACUCGACGUCUUCGAGGGCGUCGACUUCGUCUUUUCAUCAGAAUCCGCAUAGAGCUCAUGAUGGUUGGUUUUGUCGUUGGCAAGCUCAGUAACACUUCUAGGGUUCAUAGAUAGAACGUUUGAAGCUACUAAGUUUCGUUUAAGGAAUAUACCCCUAGAGGAAAAAGUUUCGAAGUUUGACGUAUAGUUUUGAAGCUUGACGAAAAAUCUUAUUUUCUAGAAAUAGAAUUCUGAUCAACGUUUUUUUAAAUCAAUCAUGGUGUCUUCUCAUUCUCAGUUUAAUAUCUUUCAUAUGCCCAAUCGAAUUACGAAAGUAAAUUGUUCAACUGAUUUGUGAGAAACCGUUUUUCUACACCUCUAUCCAAUGAAAACAACGUUUCUUUUGCUUUUUUCUCUUUUAAAUUUUCAAUUUUUGACAUCGAAAUGAGAUUUUAAAGGGCUAGUUUUUUCGUGUGAUUCAUCGGUUUUUCAAAAAGGCGUAUUUUUAGAUGGUAACUUUCAGAAAACCGGCCGGAUGGAGCUGAAAUGUCGGGAGAUGAUCACAGAAAUGACCCGCGAAGGAUUCUCUCUCCAACAAACAUCCAUGAUAUGAAAUCCGUGAGUUUUUCUCAUUGGAACACUGUCCCUUGUCAAUUUAACUCUAAAUGAGUAAAAUUUUAAUGGAUUAUUUAACAUUUAGAAGUUCGACACACUCUCGCGACACUCCAACGCGUCAAGUUUCGACGAACGCCACAGCACCGACGUCGCGCCGCCACACCUGAUGACGUCGAGGCCGCCGCCGACGACGCCGAAAUCCGCGAAACCCGACGAGGACGACUUCGAACGACGUCUUCAGCUGAUCGAACAGAAGAAGAGGUCCGCCGUCAACAACGACAUCUUCUUCAUGGACCGACGGCUGGACAACAACAAGAAGGAGGAGGAGGUGAACCCAUUAACAGCUUCUACUUCAACUUACUCAAUUGUUGGUUCAAGCGGAAUUUUCCCUUUUAAACACAUUUUUGAAACGAAAAAAAAUCAUAGAUAAAUCCAAAUUUUUUGGUCACGUCCACAUUGUAUUUUGAGUAACUUGCAUGCUUUUCCAAUUUUUGAAGUGCUCCUUUUUGCGUUAGUUAGAGAAAUUUGAACAUUUAUUCAAUUUUCUGCGAUUUUUCAUCGCUCGCAUCUCUUCAAGAGUUAAAACUUGAGUAAAAAACUUUACAAAACUGAUUUUUGAGACUGUCGAAACAAUAAAAUUAUAUUUCGACGAGCCCUGAGUUAUAAUUUCAAAAUUUUUUCAAGUUCCUUUAUGGAUAUUGCCAGAAGAUGAGAAUUCUUAUUGAGAAAAGGAGGCGGAAGCGAAAAAGGGCCUAAACUGCGUACAUGAGAAUCUUUCAAAACCUUUUCUCAAAUCUUCGAUUCACGCCUAGUUUGAGACACAAAACUGAUUCUUUGAUCACACCCAAUUUCAAAAAGUUGAAUUCGAUUAAUUUUUAUCAAAAGCUCAAACUAUGCGGACUUUUUCGAACUCUCUCCUUCUCCGACUUUCUUCCCUUCGUCGCCCAUUUACCUUGACUUUUUCAGGUGUUUACGGUGCAAUCGACGUCGGCAGGCCUUCCAUUCAGGGAGGCGAUGCCGAUACCGGGACACGAAAACGAGCGGAUGAGCUCCAGGAGCAGCUCGAUGUCCUUCUCGAAUGUCGGCACGGCGCUAUCUUCCAACGAGUUCGCCCGCGCGCUCUCGUCGAGCUCCGCGGCUUACAAGAAGGACGGCAAACCCAGUCUUUCCAUCAACAUUCCAUCUGGCGUGGGCAGCACCUCCAACAGCGCUGCCAAUACUCCAGUCUCGUUGAAGUUGUCGCAGCCGUCCCCGUCGGUUAGUAGGAAGAAACAGAAAAAUCUUGGAUCUUUUCUAGAAAUUGAAAGGUUUAUUGACAUUUUUUACAGAGCUCUCGGCACGGAUCGAUUUCAUCAACGUCAAGACCACGUCAUCCAUCGCACUCGACGUCUUCGACAUCACAUCCGUUCUCGCCAAAUUCGUUCAUUCCGCCCGCGGGAUCUUCGGCGGCAUCGCCGGCCCUCUCGGUACCGCCUCCACCUGUGCCGCCAACCUCACUCGAGUCUCAGAACUCGCCGUUGUUGUCAGCUCCGCCGGCCCCGCCUUGCUUGCCAUCGACAGUUGUGAGUCAACCCGUGUAGAAAUGCAUGUAGUACGUGAGACUUUUCAGCACUCAUCAGCCCCUCACCAUCGGAAAGAGUCGUUCUCUCAGCACUCGUCAUCGCUUCUCAGUCCGAACUCUCACUCUGGUGAUCGCCAUGUACAAAGACCUCCUAACACGCCAUCAAGCGGGCCACCGCCUCGAGAUCCGAUCACGCCGAAGACGUCCCAUCCACAUUCCAAACAGCCUGUGCGGCCUUUGGACAAGGUACAGAAAGUAAAAAAAAACCAUCAGUUAGAGAAGAUGAGAAAAUGUGGGCUUUUCAAAAAUAAUAUCGAGAUAUGUGACGGAGUUUUUCAACCACGUCGCUCAAGAGCUUUUUUAUUGAUAGAAAUUGUGAAAGGAAAUAAGAUUCCAGUAGAGAAAAAAACUUAUUAUUUUUUAAGAGCUCUAGAAUACAGAUAAAAUCAGUUAGACAAAGUUUAGAAAAAAAGGACGAGUUAGUGAAUUUUUUCAGUUGCAAAUGCGAGACCUGCAUGGAAACGUGCCGAAGCCGACGACGAGCGCCACGACGCCUUCUACGGCCCAAGCGCGAACGAUGACGCUGCAGGAUGCGAAGCGAAGGAACAGUCAAGCGACCACCGCGCCGAGCACUCCUGUCGUCAUCCAGACGCCCAAAUCUCACGCCGAAACGGUCUACGCAAGCCUCUUCAGCAAGGACAACAACACCAGGAACAUCAUCAAGAGUUUGCCGCGAAUCGAGAAGAAGUCCUCGGCCGCUAGCAACGCCUCUCAGCCUCCUCCUCCUCAUCCUCCUGCGGAACAGAGCAAAGCGAAGGUUCGAUUUAAACUAUACUCAAAAUUAUUCUACAGUAACCAAGAUUUCGCAAAACUCGAAUGACUUUGAUUCACCCAAAUAUCUACGUCUUUUUUCUAGGAAAAAGAACGAGAAGAGAAAAAGAAAGAGAAGGAAAAAGAGCACCGAGGCCGACACAAUGAAGAUGAAUCCAAAGAGGAAAGAGCCAAGCGGAAAGAACAAGAAAGAGCUGCAAAAGAGCGAAAGGUAAAUCAUCCAGUCAAGUUCGCUCAAUUUAUCAUUUCAUUUUCCAGGAACGGAAAGAGAAGGAGAAACAUCAGCGCGAGAAAGAAGAACGCAAGAAGCAGAAGCUGGCGAGCACGCCUUCGACGUCAACGACCUCCUCGAAGAAGUCGACCCAGCAGAAGCAAAAGAAAAGGCCAAAGUCGGAGAGUGAGGACGAGGAUUCGAGUGAUGACAACACGGAGCUGACGGUUCAUCUGAAAGCGUUUUCCACUGACUCAUUCCUUUUUCUGCAGGACAGACAGCUCGCCGAGCUUCUCUCGGGCGAACUCAAUGGCGGCAACUCCAUGUACGACCUCGUCAAGCGGCGAAGUUCGGCUCCUGCGAAGGAAGAAAAGGAAAAGGCUCGGCAAAAGUCGUUGGCGAAGAUCCGGGAGAAGAACCGCGACCUGGAUCCGGUGUUGUUCGCCAAAGCGGUACGCGAAUCUCUCAAAGUUCGCGCAACGGAGAAUUUCGAAAUAUUGAGAGCUGCGUUUAAGGUUCUAGAGUUUUUUCGUGAGUAACAUUGAAGAAAAUCCGAAAGUUGUUAAUUUGUGCCUUAUACAAGCUUUCUUGCGCAAGUAUUGAGCCUGAAAAUUCGAUAGAAAUCAACAAAUCUUUUUCUAAUGUUGUUUGAUAUAGAGAUAACGCUAGAGCAGACACAGAAUAGACCUAAAAAGUCUCGAAAAAACCGCUCAAAAUAUAGCUCCACGAUACUCCGUUCAACGAACAUGAAAAAACCUGUUAUUUAGUAACCAUUUCUUCAUUUCAGCAUCGCAAAAGAGUUCAGUUCGAUUCCUCUGACGAGGAUGACGACGACGAUGAAGAUGAGCCAGAAUCGGGAGACCAUUCGAAGCUCAAACACAAGAACUCGGCGUCUGAAAAGCCUCCGAAGACGUCCAAGUCAAAGUCGGAAGACGAUAAGACUUCUGAUGACGACGAAGAUGAAGAGGAAGAGGAGGAGGAAGAGGAAACCUCGGCUAAAGAAGUUCCUAAAAGUAAAACGUUAGUUUCCUCUUUUAAAAUAAGUUUUCAUGACAGUUCUUACAGCACGAAGAAAGCGCCAAAAACUGUCGAGAAAAAGAAGAAGCCUGAGAAGAAGCUGAUCACGGAUUCAUCGAGUGACAGUGAAGAUGAUGAACCUUCCGCCAAGCGGUCAAAGAAAAAUAAGAACAAGAAGCUGGUCACCAUCAACAUGGAAGACGUUUUCGGCGCCGACAGCUCAGAUGAAGAAGUCCGAUCGAUAACCUUCGAGAAGAAGUCUUCUGCCGCCUCUACGAAUGCCGCCUCGUCCUCUCACGCUGACAAAAAGCUCAAGAAGGAGAAGAAAAAAGCCAAGUUGGAGGCGAAGCAGGAAGUUAAGAAAAAGAGGGAUCUCUUGGAGAAGGUUGAACCCAAGGUUGACAAGUCCGAGAAAUCCCAAAAAGUGGAGAAACAACUGUUAAAGCCGGAGAAAGCCAACAAGCUUGAAAAGGCUGAAAAAGGUGAAAAAGUCGAGAAACUCGAAAAGAUCGAGAAAGUCAAGAAGGCAGAGAAAGUCGAGAAGCACUUGGAAAAAUCUGUGGAAAAGCCUCUGGAAAAGCCUGUGGAAAAAUCUGUGGAGAAGCCUGUGGAGAAGCAUAUGGAAAAGCCACGAAAGGCGGAAAAGUCAGAAAAACGCGAAAAGGCACCCAAGUCGGAAAAAGCCGAAAAAGCACCCAAGUCGGAGAAGCCUGAACGCCAUGAAAAGCCUCCGAAAGGUGAACGCCACAAAAAAGAGCCGAAAGAGACGAGUGCCGACGAUCUAGAGAAGGUGGAAAGCAUCAUCCGCGACGUGAAGGCACGCCAUUUCGAAGAAUUCGAGACUCCUAAACGAAAAGCCGAGAAAAGAGCCAAAGACAUGGUAAGUUUGUUAAGUGGUGGAAAGCUGGAAAAUGAUGAAUAGAUUCAUUUAAAAGAGCUUUCAAUUUAAAAAAAAAAUGUUAACGUUAUUUUCAAUCACCGCCUCACAAGCUUUUUUGAGAGAAAGUUUUACAAUGAAAUUUAAGUUUUUAACUUUUCGGGUCUUUUAAAACUUCCAGUUGGAAGUCGAAAAAGCACUUUCCAAAGGACAGGAAAAAAAACUGAAAUGAUUUUUUUCAGCGUGAAUCAUCUGUUGAAAGCGGCGCCCCGUUGAGGAAGAAGGAACGACGUCGUCUGAAUCUUCUCGACGACAGCAGCGGCGAGAAAAAGAAGAAACGUCAAGCGAAGAACGAGUCGGAUGCCCAACCAGUAGCUAAAGAACCGGCGGCCGUGGCGAGCAGCGACGUCGAACUGGAUGGCGCGGAAAACCGACGCCCUUCCGUCGACCUCGCCCAGAAAGUCCUGGUCAGGAAAGAACGUGCCGGAAGCGUGAGAAUCGAAGACAAGGCCAACAGUUUGAAGCGGCCGGUGCCCACAGUCAUCGAAGACAAACAAGGUUCGAAUCAUAAUUCUUUGGCUUCAUCCUACUUGUACUAUUUCAGAACCUGCCAAGAAACGAAUGCGUGAAGCAUCGGUCAAGCCCGUCGAAAAACCUGUCGUGGAAGAAAAGCUGGAGACUUCUGCUCUUGAGCCAGAAGAUGCCAAGGUCGAGGAAAAGCCAGUUAGAGAAGAACCCAUGUCAUCAUCGCCUGUUCCUGUUCAUGUUCCUGUCCCGCCUUUCGCAAACGAAAUCUCGAUCGAGGAUUUGAAAGACGAGGUCGACGUCGAAGUUCCGCAAGUAGUGGCCAUAGAAGAAGUAGUAGAAGCUACGACGUCUUCUGAACCGCUCCGAGAGCCGCAAGAGCAGCCCGAACAAGUCGAAGAGCCACCAAUGGCGAUUUCGAUCGAGACGGUUGCUAUGCCAUCACCGCUUGUCUCUCCUACGCUUCUCUCAUCUCCACCGCCGAAGAAAAUGGCGAUCUCUGCUGCUGCUACACCAGUCCCUGUCCAAGAAGAAGAGCAAGUCCUCGCGACGCUCAACGAGGCGGCCUCAAACAUCAUCUCGCCUCAGCCCCGCGAUCGGAAGUCGUCGACGUCAUCUGUGGCGGCUUCGUCCACGCCGGCUCUCAAAUCACCGACUCCUGAGAAGAAGGAAGAAGACGUUGUCGCUGAGGCUCCGAAGACAGAAACUCUGAAGUUAGAAGCUCCGAAGCCGGAAACUCUGAAGUUAGAAGCUCCAAAGCCGGAAGAAGGUAGGAGCCCCUUUAUCCUUGAUUAUAGUAAUAUCUUAUUUCCUUUGUAGAAGGAGAUAUGAAGAACCUGCAGACACGGCCGAGACUUCUCACCAAGGCGGCUGUCAAAGCGUUUGGCAUCCCUUCAAACCAGGUUAGAGUGAUUCUACUUCGUCACCUUUUGGUGUCUUUAAAUGUUUCGUAUCUUUCUCCGUAGCAUGCUAGUGUCUUGAUAAAAAAGAUUUGUGUUUUUUCGUGUUGUGAUUCGUGAUUUUAGCCAUCGUCGAACGUGGUCGGCAGCCAUGACGACUUUGAAACGUCUAGUUCGGACGAAUCUUCGGCCUCGUCUUCGCCGUCGUCAAGCGAUUCUGAAGAUGCUGAAAAUGUUGAGCGUCUUGUUCUUGGACAAAUCUCUAAUGACUUACCAUCGGUGGAUGUCAUCUCGACGGUCGUCGCUGAAAAACCUGUUCAUUCGGAGUCUGCCGAAACUCCUGCUCCCGUUACGAUUCUAGAGUCUGUUCAUGAUCAAAUCGAACAAAAGAUGGAGGAAGCAGCAAAGGAAGAGGAAGAAGGCCAUGAAGAUGAAGAAGAUGAAGAAGAAGGCUCAGCGGAAGUAGCUGUUGAGAAUAAAGUCGAAGACCAACCCAACGUGGCAGGAGAGACACCGAAAUCUCCAUCAUCUGAGCCUGUCAGCAUGGAAGUGGAAGAAAAGCCGAAAGAAGAAGUCGAAGAGCAGGUCGUUUCCGAAGAGCAUGUGGCUGUGAAAGAGCCAAGCACCGCUGUUGAAAUGCCAGUUGUCGAGAAAGUCCUUACACCGCCUCCAGCCGUCCCUGUUGCCAUUGCACCUGUCGUUGAUCUUUUGCAGCCUGCCUUCCCCGCCAAGGAGUCGAGUCCUGGCCUCGUUGGAAUCAUUACCGAUCAGGUAAACUAUUCAGACUCGGAUUUCAGUGGAAAGCUCUUUUUCGCCAUCAUUUCUUUCAAUUUACGAUAUUAUAGGAAAUAUAAGGCUUUCAGAGAUUUUUUUGCAAAAAGAAGAAAAAGCAAUGGAGAAACUCAUAUCUCGAACAGCAUAUCAGUGAAUAGAUAGAGCUGAAUCAUCUGAAAGUUCGAUCACAAGAGGGGUCAUUUUACUUUGCUGUUGAGCAUAUUUUAUUUGAAAAUAAUAAUUUUUGUACUAAAAGAAGAUCCUGAAACACUUAAUUUUAGAUAAGUCAUCAAAAAGGUUGUUUUAAGAGGCUUGAAAGAAAUGUUGAAACUAGACUUUCCCACAGUAAUCCGAUCUGCAAAAAAUGAUUCUUUUCAAUGUCGUUGUUUCUGUUAGCGCAUGGUUAUGGCCUGUUUACUGUCCAAAAAAGAAGUAGAUUUAACUUUCUGUCAAUAGAAUAGUUUUAACGUUUCAGGAGACUGCCGAUGCUGUUCUGUCAAUUUUCGAGGAGGAAGAAGAUUUUGGUCCGGUUUACCCGUCCUCGCACGACUUCAUCAAGAGCGAGGAGACCUUGACGCUAUCCGAUGUUCUGCCUUUGGAAAUGUUGACGCCAGCUCCAGCUUCAGCUCUGCAUUCACCUUCAGCCUUAGCUCUAUCUGAAGAUCCAACUCCAGCUCCAGCUGAUGAUCCAGUUCAAGCUAUAGCUCAAGAUCCAUUUGAAGCUCUAGCUCAAGAUCCAGUUGAAGCACUAGCUCAAGAACCAGUUGAAGCACUAGCUCAAGAUCCAGUUGAAGAACUAGCUCAAGAUCCAGUUGAAGAACUAGCUCAAGAUCCAGUUGAAGCACUAGCUCAAGAUCCAGUUGAAGCACUAGUUCAAGGUCCAGAUCCAGCUCCACCUCCAGCUCAAGCUCCAGCUCCAGCUUCAGCUCCAGUUCAAGAUUCAGCUCCAGCUCCAGUUCAUGAUUCAGCUCCAGUUCCAGUUCAAGAUUCAGCUCCAGUUCAAGAAUCAGUUCCUGCUCCAGUUGCAGCUCCAGCGCCUCAACCACCACCACCGCCGCCGCAACCACCGCAGCCUCCAGUUGCGGUUCCAAAAGCAGCUGAGGGAAAACCGAGCGGCAGUCAUUCUGCCACUCCAACGACGAAACCGACUCGCAACCCGCGUCUUAUUUCUCGUCUGAUUCGCACCAAGCAGCAAUUUGGUCUCAACUUCACUCCCUUCGAAAUAACCGAUGUAAGUUGACGGUAAUAUUCCUAUAAUGAUUUAAAAUUUGCAGGAACAGAUUCUACAAGAGAGUUCUUGCGAAGAGCCAGUCAUGGAAGAAGAUCAGGCGGCAGCAGCAGCAGCUGCAAAUGAAAUGUACAUGGAUGAAGAGGAAGACGAAGAAGAGGAGGAACUGGAUGAAGAAGAGCUAGAAGAAGAAGACGAAGGAGGAGAAGAAGAACAGUUUGAACAAGGAGCAGAUCAAGAAGUAGAACAAGGAGUAGAACAAAGAGUAGAACGAGUGGAACAAGAGAUAGAACAAGAGGGAGAAAAAGAGGAAGCUGAAGCAGUAGAAGCUCCGGCCGGCUUACCAUCGCCAGCCAUCUGCUCUGACAAACCAUCAACGCCUUUGGCAUUCUCGGCCGCCAACCUCAUCUCUCCAUCUUCGACAUCCUCGAGAUCGUCAAGGACCACGUCUACCUCGACUCCGGCUCCGUUAAGAACCGAGAGAACGAGCGCAGCUGAGCCAACCGUUGCUGUGAAGCCGGUGAUCGUGUCAGCUCCAACCUCUACCGAGUCACAGCCUCUGACCACGCCUCUCGUUGUUUCUGUUCCUACUGCUGUCCAACACAGUGUUGCUUUACCCACCACCAUUCAGCCUAGCCCUGUCACCACCUACGAACAAACGAUCUAUCACCAGCCUUUGGUGCAAGAAAGACCAAGUCCUGUUGUUUUGGCGACGCCGCCGCAGCUGCCUCAGCAGCAGAUUGAAGCUCCUGAAGUCGUACAGAAGGCGCCUGAGCCACAAGUCGUUGCUCCAAUUGCGCUGAAGCAAGUUCCGGUGAUCGCUGAAACGCCGGCACAACAACACCUGCCAGCCACAAUCAUCCAACAGGUCGAAAGACGACUCGAAGGCUUCGUUCAGCCUCAACCGACACCGGCGACAACCUCAGCUCCUCUGCCACAUCCCAUCGCAGUUCAAGAGCCAAAUGUCGUUCCGCAGCCGUCCUCCCAGGCUCUGACCGUUCCGUUUCAUCCGGUCGCUGUUCCAGCUGUCCGACAGACCUUCCAGACGACUCAUCCAGAAGUUGCUGUCUCACUACCUGCCCCGAUUGCUCAACAGCGGCCUGUUCCUGUUAUGAUGUCGCAAGCCUCAAACCAACAAAUGGCCAUCCCUCAACCGCAGUCCAACUCAGCCACAUCAGCGGUUUUAAAUCAUCAGAGCAUAUUGUCGCAGCAGAUCUUGAUGGCAAUUUGUCAAGCUCAUCAACAACAGCAACUGCAGGCUCAACAACAUCAACAAGUGCCGGUAAACCUUUUUUGAAUAAUCUCAUUUCUUAAAAAAAACCUAGUAUACUAUUGUUUAUUAUAUUUGAACCGAAGUUAAAGUUCGUUUGGGUUAACUCGUAAAAUGUCAUUUUUCAAAGAAAAAUCUCUCAAAAUUCCUAGACUAAUAAGAGUCGAAAUUGGAUAUUUUUAUUCAAGACGAUUUUCUAACAUGAGGUUAAAAAAAUUUGAGCAGGUUGUAGAAUCAAAUUAACAAGUUAUUCUCAAACUAAAAGAAAAAUGACUAUAAGGCUCAUUUCAUUUCAAGUUUAUGAAUCAAUCUGACAUUUUUCCGUUUGAAGAACACCAAAUUUAAGACUUCGUCCGUUAUUGCGACGAACGCGUCUGCUGUAUUUGCUGCGCGACAACAUCAAGAACAAAUGAGAAUCAUGAACGCACAUUCGGCCUUUCAACAUCAGCAGAAGGUCCAUCAGUCGCAGGCUCUUCAGUCGCAGGCCCACCAGUCGCAAGUCCAUCAGUCGCAACAACAUCAGCAACUCGCUGCGACUGUCGCCGCCAGCAUGUCUCCGGUUGUACAGCAAAAUCCUGCCGCCGUUGCUUCACCAGGUUCGAAGCACUUUCGUUUUGUCAAAAAUUGAUUUUCGCCAGAGGAAAUAGAAAGUUUUAAUUCACGUUGAGAAAAAAAAACAGUUUUUGAGAACAAAAAACCUUUCUUUACCUGAAUAGAAGUUAGAAGGAAGUUCAAAGCAAUUUUCCGUUAUUAUUUUUCGAUACGACUUUAGGUGGUAAUAAAUUGUGCAAAUUGGGAAAAAUGUGGAAGCUGAGGAUUCCAUAUAUGUAAAAUUGAAUCCCAGUCUUCCCUGUAGGGUACUUACUAUUUUUUUCAAAAAGCUCUCAGCUCGAAAAAUUACAGUGCUUAAAAGUCACUUUGAAAGAAAUGUGUCGUUAUAUACACUGAAAGUAAAAAAAGAAACUUCUUUUGUUAUUCUUUGAAAAAUUAAAACAUACAAAAAAUCAUCCCAACCUUAAUUUUCAUUUUUCAGCUGCCAAUGUGAAUGCACAAUCUCAGUUACUGCAUCGUGAGUGCCCUUUGAUCAAUAUAUUGGUUGAUCAAAAUUCCCUUUUCAGAAGAGCUUAUACGUUUAAUGGCGCAGCAGCAGCAACAACGGUUCCAGAACGACUACACUUCACGAGUCUUCAGCAUGCUCCAACAGGCUCAACAGGCUCAUCAGGUUCAGCAGCAACAACAGCUCCAACAGCAGCAGCAGCAGCAACUUCGGCGACAGCAAGAGCAACAAGCGAAGCCGAUUUCGAUGUCGACGCCCGGAAUGGCCGCCGCCGCCAUGGCACAGUUUCAUCCCUACCAAGUGGUUCGUUGGAGCGGAUUUACAGCCUGAGAACCACGAUACUGUAGCCAUCAACCAAAUCCGUCGAUUUCGAUGCCAAACCAAGUCCUUAGGAGAAAAAAAAGAUUUGCAUAAUCUUUGGAACCAUACUUACAAGGAAUUUCAAAUACGGGAAUUCCAGAACUUUUUUCAAAAACAGGGGAAAAAGCUAAGGUUCAAUUUAAAAAAAAUUUCUAUCCGAUAGAGCUUCUUUCUAAAAGGAAUUUCGGGUUGGAAAUAGAUUGAGUCAGACCUUUAGAAAGGACGAGAGCGCAUAAUCAACAGAAAUAAAACAGUGAAGUAUGAAGUUUACUUACAAUAAUACUCACAUAGAUUUGAUUGGAAUAAUUAAUACAAUAUUCCAACUUUUUUAUCUUUAAAACGUCGAAAUUUUUCAAUAGACAAUUUUUCGCUCAGUUUUGAUAGAAAAACCGUGUCUCUCAAAAAGGAAAAUUUUCAAUUUCAUCUCUUAUCUUCAUUUUUUGACUCAAAAAUUCCAUAGAAAGUUUUUUUUUCAGCCAAUCUAAAAGUGUCUCCAGUAGAGAUAAUGAGUAUAGUUCAGUGAUAAUGAUAUUGAUUCCUUCAGAACCGAACACUUUUUUUUAUCCAAUCCGCGUUUUUGUUUUGUAUUUGAGAUUGUUCAACGUUUAGAAAACAUUUUAGAGAUCAAUUAUCGCUGCCAUUCUUCUUUCCUGUUUCCUACGCGUCCCGCUUUACUUUUUGAAACUCUUCAAGAUAGAUUUUCCCGAGUUUUAGUCUAUUGAGUUCCAUCAGUUUCUUGUUCAGUAAUGCAGCUAGAAAAAUGUUGGUUUUGACAUCGAAUUUUCAAGUAUUAAUUAAUAUUCAAAUGUUUCAGGCGGUCAUGAUGCAGCCGUUUUUGAACCAUGCGACGAUCUCGGGGAAGACGCCAUCUGCCGUAGCGCCUGUCGCGCCAUCGUCGGAAGUGCUCCAGAAGCAGCAAGACAAGACUUCGCCGCCAGCAGCUGUGACUCCGUCCAACAAUCGCGAAAAGGAGUUUGCUCGCCAUUUACAACAAUUCGCCGACAGCCCGGCAGCAGCCCUUCUCCAGAAGUUCUACCAAAAGCCUGAAGUCCGAGUCAAGCAGCAAGCUGAAGAGGCCUCCAAGGCUUCUGAGACCGUCGUUCAGUCGAAUCCUUUCGCGCCCCAAGAGCAGCAAGGCUUUCAAACAGUGCAGCCGCAGUCGCUUCAAUCGCAGAUCCAACACGUGCAAUUGCUCCCUCAGUCGCAGCAACAUUCACAUGCGUUCCAACCGCAGCAGUCGCGUCCGCAGUCGAACUCCUCAGUCGUCUCGAUCAACCGUCAGUUGCCGCCGGACUCGCAGAUCGCCCCUCAGCAGCACCAGAAUUCGCAGCCUCCCGAAGCUCAGCAGAAUGGUGCCAUCGAACAGCCGCUCAACAAUAAAACAGUCAGAAUGGUACGUUGUUUUUCUUUCAAUUUCUUCGUUUGGUAUGAUAAACCAAAGGAAAAAAGGCAUUGGAAAAAAAUUUAGUUUAAAAACUUUUUAGCCUCGUUCAAACUAAAUUUCAGAACAUUAAAAAAAAUUGAUUUUCACUUGUUUCAUGGCCUCAAACUUGAUAAAAAAAAAAGGACUGCUGAACUUAGACUUGAAAGGGUUUUCAAUUUUGCUUGUCUAUAUAAGUUUCAUGAAAGACAUACGGAGCGAAGCUGAAAGAAGCUACAUUUUUUUUUAAAUGUAUUUUGGAAAGUUUUACCAGGGACUACUGAACCAAACUUGAGCCUUGGAAAUAUUUACUUGUCUUUUUUCUCCCUCUAAGGUACUCUUGAAAUGUUCUUUUUCAUCACUUAAAAUGUUCUUGUUGCUUUUCUGUGCCGGGAAGUGGCGUUCCUGGCUUCUCGCAAUCGCAAACAAAAUUCGAACGUCGUCCCAUUCUGCGCCAUCAAUAAGUAAACAAAUUGGGAAGAAAUCCAUUUUAAAUACUUUAUCUGUUUUCCUCUCGACCUUUAUCCUUUGUUCUAGUCUCUCCAAUUCUUCUCAACGUCCUCAGAAUUUUUCUCUAUUAUGUGAAGAUUGCUAGGCAACUGCGAACGACCGAAAAAAAAAAGCUGAAACGGCAAAGAAGGAAAAAAUUGGCUUGGAUCGGAACGACUUUCGCGGAACGGCGUGCCGGCCGGUGCCACUUCUCCUCCGCUUCGCCGUUCGUGCUGAAGGAAAAAAAAGAAAGUAGAGAACAGUGAGAGUGGCGUGUCCAACGGAAGGCAGAACGCUGGUUCACAUUGAACUGAAGACGCACUGCGAACGCGCGAUUGUCUUGAGACCGACGCUCUCUCGAUUUGCCGUCUUAUCUCUCUUUCUUCUGCUGCCAUGGUCCUACGGCGAUUGUCGUUCGCCGCGUCGAACGUUUGCUUCCAGCGAAAUGGGCGUUGCCAUCUCGACUGACACUCUCUGCCGCUACGGCGAUGCCUAACCAACGUCGCUGGCAUGUCUGUAGCGGGCGGUACGCUCGCCACCGUCUCUGGACGCAGCGUGGAAUCGCCCACAGCGUUCAGAGUGCUUCUGCGUUCGCAAGCACUCCGUUCGCCGUUCCGCGAGGUCCUCUCUCUUUGCCUGCCUUUUUUCUCCUACUCUCUCCUGGCUCGACGCACUGCCUCAGGCAUAGUUUCUUUUCUCCGUUCUUAGUUCUCAACAUUUUUUUUUUCUCGCCCUCCGCUUUUUCGACUGUCUACCUCCGCCCUCCCUGCGACGGACGACAUCCUCCACUCACUACUCUCACACACACCCAACCGAAGCAAGCCCUUCUCUCCGCAUAA